AUGCGUCCCAAUUUGUCCCAGCCGAUCCCGUACGACCAGCUCAUAGAUGUGCCCGAUUCCGAGCAGUACGAAUUUGCAGCACACGGUCAAACAGAGUACAACUCCGAAGAAAUUCCCGCCGAGCUAUAUUUCUGGCGUCCCGACCGUUAUCUGGUUGUCCUGCCUUAUCGUGUACCGCGCGCGUUAGCAUAUCACGAUAACAACUUCUGGUUCAACCUCAGCGAGCAUGAUUACGACGAGCAAAUCGUCCGAUUAACUGCGGGCAACCAAUCCUUCGGCCCAGCCUACAAUUGGGGUAUCCCGCCAUACCAGGGAUACCAGGAGGAUACCAUGUCGUCGCGUCGGGUCCGAGCCGGCGAGGACGAAGAUGAGGAGAUGAUCUCUCUUCCCCCGCCAGGCCCGACGACGAGGUCACGAGGGGCUGGCCUAUCCAGCGUGCCUGCCGCUGCCGCAGGGGCUUUUGCCUCGGCGGCCGCUGGCGGCGCCGCUCCAGCUCCCUCGCCGUCGACCUCGUCGUCGGCCUCUCGGACGCCGCUGCCGACCUCGCGGGCUCGGCAGCACGCCGCCGAGCGUGCCUCGCGGUCCGCCGCUCCUUCCGGGUCGCGUCCCCGGGCGGCCGCCAGAUCGUCGCGCGCGCGGGAACCCCCCGCCUCCCUCGCUCCCCCCGCGCCGCUUGCGGCUGUGGGUGGUGGCCUGGGCGGCGGCCCUGCAAGGCUCACGUUCACGAGCCUGCCGGGCAACGAGGGCAGCAUCCAGUGCGAUGCCUGCUCCAAGGUUCUCGCGAACCGACGGAGCUGGGCGAAGCACUCGCUUCGCUGCCCCUCGUUGGGGGGCGAGAAGAGGCACGCCUGCCCAGAGCAGGGGUGUCCCUUCCGCACCAACGUGCCCGGCGAUCUGCCGGACCACCUGGGGACCGCCCACGGCGUGUACCCGCCCAACGCUCCGGAGCUCCGGACCAACGCUGCGUACCUGGCGCGCCGCAGCGUCAGCGUUCUCCUGGCCGAAGUGGACAUGGAGAACCGCUCGCUCCAGCUCGUCAUGGAGCGAGCGGACGCCACGCUCGCCGCCCUCCGGGGGCGCGCUGGUCCGGACGCUCUGGCCCAGCUGGCGGCCCGUCGCCCUGCGCUCCCCAGGGAGCAGUACCCGGCUCGUGUGCCGGCGGCCCCCAGGCGCGUUCUCGCGAACGACCUGGUCGCUCGCCGCCUCGAGGCUGCGGAAGCUCGCGCCUGGGAGGCCAGGGUCGACGCGCUGGCCGAGCUGGUGGCGGAGGGCGAGGCGGAGGAGUAGGGAGGGAAGGGAGGAUGGGGGGGGAGGAUGAGGGGAGGAGUGGGGGAGGGGGAGGAGUGGAGGAUCUGUGGAGACGAGCAUAAGAGGUACUCGCGUACCUAUCGUCUGGGGGGAGGGAGAGCUCGCGCUCUCCCCAUAUCCUCCCACCCACCAUGUCUGAAUGAUGUAUGAGUCGACGACCC